AUAUUGAACAUGGUAAAUUCACUAUUCCUCUUCUCUCCUUGUACUAUAGUUAGCAUACCCUCCACUUUCGUUCAGUAAACAUUUCUCCACUGUAGUUGUUUUCCCCAUGGCAAACCAUAAGGAUGAGUCCCUUGGUUUCACUUUCACCUAUGAUGUUUUCCUGAGUUUUAGAGGCGAAGAUACAAGGCACAAAUUUAUAGGACAUCUCCGUAAAGAGUUGUGCCAAAAGGGGAUAAAGGUUUUCUCUGAUGAUAAGGACCUGAGGAUAGGAGAAGGUAUUUCACCUGCUCUAUCCAGUGCCAUUGAAAAAUCUAAGAUUUUAAUCGUUGUGUUUUCUGAGAACUACGCAGAGUCCACAUGGUGCCUUGAUGAACUCGUUAAGAUCCUAGAAUGUACCAAGAUCAUCAUCAGGGACAAGAAACAACUUGUUUUCCCAAUAUUUUACCAUGUAGACCCCUCAGAUAUACGGCAUCAGAGAAAAAGUUACGGUGAGCACAUGCUGGAACACCAAAAAAGGUUUGGCAAAGACUCCCAGAGAGUGCAGGCAUGGAGGUCAGCUUUGUCUGAAGCAAGUAACUUCCCUGGCCACCAUAUUACCACAGGGUACGAAACCGAAUUUAUUGAAAAGAUAGCUGACAAGGUCUAUAAACACAUAGCUCCUAAUCCUUUACAUACUGGUCAGAACCCUAUUGGACUUUGGCCCCGCAUGGAAGAGGUAAUGUCACUCCUAGACAUGAAGCCUUAUGAUGAAACUGUACGCAUGUUGGGUGUAUGGGGACUCCCUGGAGUCGGAAAAACAGAACUUGCCACAGCUUUGUAUAACAACAUUGUGAACCACUUUGAUGCCGCAAGUUUUCUUUCCAAUGUUAGAGAAAAAUCAAACAAAAUCAAUGGCCUGGAAGAUCUACAGAAGACACUUUUAUCAGAGAUGCGAGAGGAGCUAGAUACUGAAUUGGGCAGUGCAAUUAAAGGAAUGUUUGAAAUAAAACGCAAGCUUAAAGGAAAGAAAGUUCUUUUGGUUCUUGAUGAUGUUGAUGACAAAGACAAGUUAGAAAAGUUGGCAGGAGGACGUGAUUGGUUUGGUUCUGGUAGUAGGAUCAUUAUAACAACAAGGGACAAAGAUGUCUUAAUUGCUCAUCAAGUUGAUAACAUUUAUCAAAUGGAAGAGCUCGAUGAACACCAUUCUCUCGAGCUCUUUUGUUGGAAUGCCUUCAAACAAAGCCAUCCUAAAACAGGCUUUGAAGACGUGUCUUUGCGUGCUAUAGAUGUUGCCAAGGGUCUUCCACUGGCUUUAAAAGUAAUAGGCUCUGAUUUGGCUACACUUGAUGAAGAAAGUUUAGAAGAUUGGAAAUGUGCAUUGGAAGAAUACGAGAGGACUCCUCCUGAAAGAAUUCUAGACGUGCUCAAAAAAAGCUACGAUAGAUUGGGUAGCAAACCAAAACAGGUUUUCCUGGACAUAGCUUGCUUCUUCAAAGGGGAGAAAAAAGAAUAUGUUGAAAAUGUACUUGAUGAGGACUUUGGUGCAAAAUCCAACAUCAAAGUACUUGUUAAUAAAUCUCUCCUAACAAUUGAGGAUGGGUGCUUGAAGAUGCAUGAUCUAAUACAAGAUAUGGGUAGAGAUAUUGUCAGGCAGGAGGCACCAAAUCCAGGGGAAUGCAGCAGAGUAUGGUAUCAUGAGGAUGUUAUUGACAUACUAACUGAUGAUUUGGGAAGUGAUAAAAUUCAAGGGAUAAUGCUUGAUCCCCCCCAACGAGAAGAAGUCGAUUGGAAUGGUACUGCCUUUGACAAAAUGAAACGACUCAGAAUUCUCAUUGUUCGAAACACAUCUUUUUUGUCUGAGCCUCAACAUUUGCCAAAUCAUUUGAGGGUGCUCGACUGGGAAGAGUAUCCUUCAAAAUCUUUCCCAUCAAAAUUUCAUCCGAAGAAAAUCAUUGUCAUCAAUUUACGUAGAAGCCAUUUAACAUUGGAAGAGCCAUUUAAGAAAUUUGCAUGCUUGACUAACAUGGAUUUCUCAUAUAACCAAUCUAUCACUGAAAUGCCUGAUGUGUCAGAAGUUCAAAAUCUUAGAGAACUGAGACUUGAUCAUUGUAGAAAUCUAAUAGCAAUUCACCAAACCGUUGGAUUUCUCAAAAGGCUUGCUCAUUUAAGCGCUUCAAAUUGCACCAAACUCAGAAAUUUCCUGCAAACAAUGUUUCUACCAUCUCUAGAAGUCCUUGACCUUAACUUAUGUGUAAGGCUUGAACACUUCCCAGAGAUAAUGAAGGAAAUGAAUAACCCAUUGAAGAUUUAUAUGAUAAAUACUGCUAUUAAGGAGCUGCCAGAAUCCAUUGGUAAUCUUACUGGGCUUGUUUGUAUAGAGAUACCAAGUAGCAGGAAACUUAAAUAUCUACCAAGUAGCUUAUUCAUGUUGCCAAAUGUUGUUGCCUUCAAAAUUGGAGGAUGUUCUCAACUUCGGGAAUCCUUCAGAGGUUUCGUUCAGAGCCCUUCAGCAGCCAAUGUUCGUCCAACAUUACGAACAUUGUAUUUUGGAAAUGGUGGUUUGUCAGAUGAAGAUCUUCUCGCAAUUCUCUAUUGUUUCCCAAAAUUAGAAGAGUUAAUUGCAUCAGAGAACAAUUUUGUAUCUCUCCCUGAAUGCAUUAAAGAUUGUGAUCACUUAACAAGUCUCGAUGUGAGCCUUUGCGGGGAGCUUCAAAAGAUUCCUAAAUGUACAAAAUUGAGAAUUCUUAAUGUUCAUCAUUGUGUGAAACUUGAGCAAAUCUCGGACUUGCCAUCUACUGUCCAGAAAGUAGAUGCAAGAUAUUGCUUCUCUUUAACUAGAGAGACGUCCGACAUGUUAUGGCUUCAGGUGGCAAAAGGGAUACGUGGAUUAGAAGUGGUGAUGCCCCAAACCGAGAUUCCAGAAUGGUUUGACUGGGUUGAUAAUAUUAAUGGAGGAAAUCCUCGUUUCUGGGCCCGUGGCAAGUUUCCUAUCAUUGCACUGGCAUUGGCCUUCGAGGAUGUGAGUGAAAGGGCGAGACAAUCUCGCCGUCAACUUGUUGAGCUACACCUACUUAUCAACGGUCGAUGUGUUCCUCGCAAAGGGUAUUACAACUUCAAAAUUGCAGCAGAUCACGUCUUAAUUUGUGACCUACGACUUCUAUUCAGUGAUAAGGAAUGGCUUGGCCUUGAUGCGUUUCUCGAGCACGAGUGGAACCUGGUGCGGGUUUCAUACGAAGCCCCGUCCACCUUAACGCUAAGUGGUUGGGGAGUCUUUGUGUACGAAGAAGGAGCCAACAUGGAAGAUGUCCAAUUCAUGUGUCCCGAUCCCAAGUAUUCGGACAUGUCUCCGACAAAAUUAGUUCCAACGACGAAAGAUCCUAGGCAGGAACGAAAAAAGAUGAUAGACAAUUUAUGCCUAGACGAAAUGUUUGAUGGGAUGUUGAUGGAAACCAUGGACUACGAAGAAAGAGACGAUUUUGCUGAUAAAGAUUUUGCAAUAGAGCAAAUGCAUAUUCUAAUGGGAGGAUUAAAGGACUUAUCCACGCAAGCUAAGGAUGAAUUGGAAUCCAAUGGCUCAGCUUUACAAGAUAAUAAUAAAAACUCCACCCUAACUUGGUUGCUAGAUACAAUCAAGAAAAUAGAUAAUGGAGAAGCUGAGCCUCAAAGCUUUUACCAUAAGGAUCUCGCAUUGAUUGAACUAAAGGAUAAAGUGAAGCCACCUAUGGAUGCAGCAGAAGAAGCUUCAACCUCUGGUCAUCAGUUGCAAGAAAUGAUGAGAGAAAUAUUCUAUGAUGGAAUAACUGAUGGACUUCUUGAAGCACAGAAUAUAUUUCCUUCUCUAGAUAUUGUUAAAAUCAGAAGUGCUGCCAUGAACAAGGGCAAUAGGGUUGCAUGGUCAGCCGAAGGGAAUGUGAUACUACCCACGGUUGAAAUGAGGACAUACACGAGUGGAGUUCUCGGUGGACUCGUUGAAGCAAAGGAGGUAUGCUUUCCUGAUUUGGACAUAUGGGCAACACUAAAUACUGUGGUAAGUAGGAGAGGCAUUCAAGCAUCUUUGGCAGCACCACCUACGGUUCCACAAUUGGAUUGGACCACAAUCGUACCUCCUUCGUCACGCUCUCAGGAUCCUUUGUUGGAAGCAUUCCUGAUGAUGAAGCCUGAAAGCUCAGAGUCUGAGGCCAAGAGUAAACUCUUCUGGAAGUUCAAUGAGGAACACCAAGCUCUACGGAACAAAUAUGUACAACUUGAAAAUGAAAAUGCUGCUCCGGAUAAAGAUAUAAGUGACACAGCCAGCAGCCCUUGGAAAAAUCAAUAUGAAGAAUUGAUUCAGAAAUUCAACACUCAAUCCGAUGAUGAGUUUAUUGCAAAGAAGCAUGACAUUAUUGCCUGCAAAUGUGACACAGAGUAUGAGAAGGUGUGUGCUGUUUUGAAAGGAAGAGCUGAAGAAUUAGGGAAGCUAUACAAUGCUGGGAUUGAAGGCUUCCAGAACUCACAGGAGUUUCAGGAUCUGAUAAGUGCAAUAUACUUGAGUGGACUUAGGGAUGGACUCCUUGAAGCACAAGCCGUCUUACUUGCUCUCAACAUGGACAGAAAAACUCCAGUGUUUAAGGAGAAAGAGGAGGAACAUGUUAUUGAUCAUGAUGUUGCCGUUAAUGAAAGCCCCAUUGUAGCGGAUAUUCCAAUACCUAUAGGUCCAGAUGUUGACAAUCCCAUUCGUGACACUGAUAACCCUUCCAGCUCAAAGGAUUUUUUCAAUUGGCAGGAAUUUAUUUGCGGUUCCCAUUCUUUGAGUAUGCUUGUUCGUACAAUUCUAUCAGAUAAGAUGCCAGAAGUUCCAACGUUCCGGCUCUCCGUAUCCUUAAGUGUAGUUGUUUUACCCAUGGCAAAACAACAUGAGGAAGAGACCUUCGGUUUCACCUACGAUGUUUUCAUCAGUUUUAGAGGAGAGGAUACAAGGAACAAUUUUAUAGGACAUCUUCGUAAAGAGUUGUCCCGGAAAGGGAUGAAAAUUUUCUUUGAUGAUAGGGACCUGCCGGUGGGGAAUGUUAUUUCACCUUCUCUAUCCAAGGCCAUUGAAGAAUCUAAGAUUUUAAUCAUUGUGUUUUCUAAGAACUACGCAUCCUCCACAUGGUGCCUUGAUGAACUUGUUAAGAUCCUGGAGCAGUCCAAGAUCAGUGAGAUGAAACAACUUGUUUUCCCAGUUUUUUACCAUGUAGAUCCCUCAGAUGUACGGAAGCAAACAGAGAGUUAUGGUGAGCACAUGACCAAACACGAAGAAAACUUUGGCAAAGCCUCCCAGAAACUGCAAGCUUGGAGGACAGCUUUGUUUGAAGCAAGUAACUUCCCUGGCCACCAUAUUACCACUCGCUCCGGGUAUGAGAUCGAUUUUAUUGAGAAGAUUGUUGAGAAGGUCCAGAAAAAUAUAGCUCCUAAACCAUUAUAUACUGGUCAAAACCCUGUUGGACUUGGACCCCGCGUAGAAGAGGUAAUGUCACUCCUAGACAUGAAGCCUUAUGAUGAAACUGUACGCAUGUUGGGUGUAUGGGGACUUGGUGGAGUCGGAAAAACAGAACUUGCCAAAGCUUUGUAUGACAACAUUGUGCAAAGCUUUGAUGCCGCAAGUUUUCUUGCCGAUGUUAGAGAGAAGUUAAACAAAAUCAAUGGCCUGGAAGAUCUACAGAAGACACUUCUAUCAGAGAUGCGAGAGGAGCUAGAUAUUGAAUUGGGCAGUGCAAUUAAAGGAAUGUUUGAAAUAAAACGCAAGCUUAAAGGAAAGAAAGUUCUUCUGGUUCUUGAUGAUGUUGAUGACAAAGACAAGUUAGAAAAGUUGGCAGGAGGACGUGAUUGGUUUGGUUCAGGUAGUAGGAUCAUUAUAACAACAAGAGACAAAGAUGUGCUAAUUGCUCAUCAAGUUGAUAACAUUUAUCAAAUGGAAGAGCUCGAUAAACAACAUUCUCUUGAGCUCUUUUGUUGGAAUGCCUUCAAACAAAGCCAUCCUAAAACAGGCUUUGAAGACGUGUCUUUGCGUGCUAUAUAUGUUGCCAAGGGUCUUCCACUGGCUUUAAAAGUAAUAGGCUCUGAUUUGGCUACACUUGAUGAAGAAAGUUUAGAAGAUUGGAAAUGUGCAUUGGAAGAAUACGAGAGGACUCCUCCUGAAAGAAUUCUAGACGUGCUCAAAAAAAGCUACGAUAGAUUGGGUAGCAAACCAAAACAGGUUUUCCUGGACAUAGCUUGCUUCUUCAAAGGGGAGAAAAAAGAAUAUGUUGAAAAUAUACUUGAUGACAUUGGUGCAAUUACUUACAACAUUAAUGUACUUGUUAAAAAAUCUCUCCUAACUAUUGAGGAUGGGUGCUUGAAGAUGCAUGAUCUAAUACAAGAUAUGGGUAGAGUGAUUGUUAGGCAGGAAGAACCAGAUAAUCCUGGCGAACGUAGCAGACUAUGGUACUAUGAAGAUGUUAUUGAAAUACUAACUGAUGAUUUGGGAAGUAAUAAGAUUCAAGGAAUAAUGCUUGAUCCACCCCAACGAGAAGAAGUAGAUUGGAGUGGUACAGCCUUUGAGAAAAUGAAACGACUCAGAAUUCUUAUUGUUCGAAACACAUCUUUUUCAUCUGAGCCUGAACAUCUGCCAAAUCAUUUGAGGGUGCUUGACUGGAUUGAGUAUCCUUCAAAGUCUUUCCCAUCAAAAUUCUAUCCAAAGAAAAUUGUUGUCUUUAAUUUUCCUAGAAGCCAUUUAACAUUGGAAGAGCCAUUUAAGAAAUUUCCAUGCCUGACUAACAUGGAUUUCUCGUAUAACCAAUCUAUCACUGAAGUGCCUGAUGUGUCCGGAGUUGAAAAUCUAAGACAACUGAGACUUGAUCAAUGUAAAAACCUAACUACUGUUCAUGAAUCCGUUGGAUUUCUCAAAAAGCUUGCCCAUUUAAGCGCAUCAGGAUGCACCAAUCUCAGAAAUUUCCUGCUAAAGAUGUUUCUACCAUCUCUGAAAGUUCUUGACCUUAAUCUAUGCAUAAUGCUGGAACACUUCCCAGAUAUAAUGAAAGAAAUGAAAGAGCCAUUGAAGAUUUAUAUGAUAAAUACUGCUAUUAAGGAGAUGCCAGAAUCCAUAGGCAAUCUUACUGGGCUUGUUUGCCUAGACAUAUCAAAUAGCAAGGAACUUAAAUAUCUGCCAAGUAGCGUAUUCAUGUUGCCAAAUGUUGUUGCCUUUAAAAUUGGAGGAUGUUCUCAACUUAAAAAAUCCUUCAAAAGUUUGCAGAGCCCUUCAACGGCCAAUGUUCGUCCAACAUUACGAACAUUACAUAUCGAGAAUGGUGGUUUGUUAGAUGAAGAUCUUCUCGCAAUUCUCAACUGUUUUCCGAAAUUAGAGGUGUUAAUUGCUUCAAAGAACAAUUUUGUCUCUCUCCCUGCAUGCAUUAAGGAAUGUGUUCACUUAACAAGUCUUGAUGUAAGCGCUUGCUGGAAGCUCCAAAAGAUUCCUGAGUGCACUAACUUGAGAAUUCUUAAUGUUAAUGGUUGUAAGGGUCUUGAGCAAAUUUCAGAGUUGCCAUCUGGUAUUCAAAAAGUAGAUGCAAGAUAUUGCUUCAGCUUAACUAGAGAGACAUCAGACAUGUUAUGCUUUCAGGCAAAGAAAGGUAUUUGUGGAUUAGAAGUGGUGAUGCCUAUGCCAAAAAAACAAGUGGUGAUUCCAGAAUGGUUUGACUUGGUUGGACAUGGAGGGAAUCCUCAUUUCUGGGCUCGUGGCAAGUUCCCUAUCUUAUCUCUAGCGUUGCUCUUCCAGGAUGUGAGAACAGGGCCAAUAAAACGCUAUGAUGACCUUAUUGAGCUGCAACUAGUUAUCAACUGUCAAUGUGUUCCUCGCAAAGGCUAUUACAACUUCAGAGUUCCUCCAGAUCACAUCUUAAUUUGUGAUCUACGACUUUUAUUCAGUGACAAGGAGUGGAUUGGCCUUGAUGCAUUUCUCGACCGUGACUGGAAUGAAGUACAGGUUGCUUAUGUUGCUGCAUCCACCAUGACACUAAGUUGUUGGGGUGUUUAUGUGUACGAAGGAGGAGCAAACAAGAAAGAUGUCCAAUUCGAGUGUCCCGAUGCCAAGUAUUCAGACAUGUCACGGGCAGUAGUUCCUACAAAAGAUACUAAGCUGGAACGAAGAAAGAUGAUAGAGAGGUAUGGCGCAGGCCAAGCGUUUGAUGCAAUAUCGACUACUUUGUUGGAGGUCUACGAAAAUGUAAAGGAUUUGCCAGAAUAUUCUCACCUUCCGUUGAAAGAGAAGUUGAGUACUAUACUAGGAUUUUAUAAGGAGGUAUCGAGGCAGGCUGAGGCUGAAUUAGAAUCCGGACGCUCAGAUUUACAAGAUAAACACUCUUUCCUCACGGCUUACCUAGAAUAUGAAAUGAAUGUCAAAGCAUUGGAAGAAGAAGAAGCUUCAACCUCUGUCCAUCAGGGCAGUAAGGAGGAGCUACUACACUCCAUGCAACAUGAAUUCUAUGAUGGAGUGACGGAUGGACUUGUUGAAGCACGGAAAAGGUUUCCUUCUCUGGAUAUUAUUAAAAUCAGAGGAGCUACCUUAAAGAAGAGGCCGGAGGGUACUUGUGUUGAAUGGUUAUUCGAAGUACUAUUCCAUGAAAGAAAGGCAUACACUGAAGGAAUAGUGAAUGGACUCCUUGAAGCAAAGUUGAGCUUUCCAGAGCUGGACAUGUGGGCAACAAUACAUAUCGUAUUAUGUGCAAGAGGCAUAGAAGGCUUUCGUGAGGGAAUUCGCCCAUCGAUACAAGUAAUUGAUGAAGUGGAGGCAGCACCCGUGGAUGUAGGAGAAGCUUCAACCUCUGGCCAUCAGGGAAGUCAGAAGGAACAAGGCUACGAUCCUCAGCAGCAAAAAAAAAUAUGGGAAAUAUUCUAUUAUGGAAUUGUGGAUGGACUUUUUCAGGCACAAAAUAGCUUUCCCUAUUUAGAUGUUUUUAAAACUGCAAAUGCUGCCUUCGACAAGAGGUUUGCAUGGUCACCUGAAGGGAAUCUCCAAGUACACACGUUGGAAAUGAGGACGUACACGAAUGGAAUCAUCAAUGGACUCCAUGAAGCAAAGCUGAGCUUUCCUGAUUUAGACAUUUGGGCAACACUAAAUGUUGUGUUAAAUAGGAUAGGCAUAUAUGAAACACCGGCACUUGAAUUUGCUUCAAGGAUCCUGGAUGCAAUCAAUAUAAUGGAAGUAGGAGAAGCUCCAACCUCUGGCCUUCAGGAAAGUGAUCAGGAGGAGAAGCAAGAAAUAAUGAGGAAAAUAGAAUGUGAUGGAAUGAAGGAUGGACUUGUCGAAGCAAAGAAAAUGUUUCCUUCUCUAGAUGUUAUUAAAACCAGAGCUGCUGCCUUCAACAAUGGGACUAGGGUUGCAUGGUUAUUCGUACUACCUCAGGUUGAAAUGAAGUUACACAUUGAAGGAAUUAUGAAUGGACUUCUUGAAGCAAAGUUGAGAUUUCCUGAUUUGGACAUAUGGACAACACUAAAUAUUGUGUUAUGUAGGAGAGGCAUGGAAGGCCUCCAUGAGAGAAUUCGCCCAUUGAUACGAGUAAUGGAUGUAGGAGAAGCUUCAACCUCUGGCCAUCAAGGAAGUGAGGAUGAAGAACAAGGCUACAAUGCUAAGCUACAAAAACUAAUGGAGACAAUAUUGUAUCAAGGAAUGAUGGAUGCACUUUAUGCAGCUCACAAUAACUGUCCUUCUCUGAAUAUUUUUACAACCAAAAGUGCAGCCUUACGUGCCUCAAAAAACCUUAAGUACUUGAUUGGAGUUAUAACCGAUGAUAAUCCAGCAUUACCCAUGGUUAUGGAGAUCAUGUACAUAAAUGGAAUUAUGAAUGGACUCCGUGAAGCAAAGCUGAGCUUUCCUGAUUUGGACAUGUGGGCAACACUAACAACCGUGUUAAGUAAGAUAGGCGUCUGUGAAACAUCAAUACUUCAAUAUGCUUCAUGUUUCCUGGAUACAAACAAUACAAAAGAAGUAGGAGAAGCUUCAACCUCAAGCCAUCAGGGAAGUGAGGAGGAACAAUGCUGCGAUUACUCAAUCAAGGAAUGAAGGAUGCACUUUACGAAGCUCAGAAUAGUUUUCCUUCUCUAUAUGUUUUUAAAACCUUAUGUGUGGAAACCUCUCACUCUCUCCCUCUCCAAACAUUUAAUCCCUCCAGAUCAGUCGGUGUAGCCACAAGAGGAAUCUUCAACCUCUCAUCACAACAAAAUCGUCAAACCUGCGGAAGCCUGGAACCACAACUUGUGUCUUCCAAGGUAUCUGGAUUUGAUCAGAAAUCCAGAAAUGGAAAAAUCUUUACUAUGCAGCAUGAUAUGAAGCAGCGGGGUGGUUCUAAAGAUUUGCUGGCGUAGCCCUGAGGGCACAGAGGAAGAGUUUUGGCUUGGUUUGAGAAGUAGGGUUAUUCUCUGUAAUGUUAUUAAUAAAUUUGAAUCUGGAGCUGUACCCAA